AUGUCAGAUCCACCAUCGAAACGACGCAAAACGACCCCCGACGCGACAUCUGCAGAAGAUACGAACACCAACUCAAAUGCGCCUCUCCUACAAUCGCCAGUAACACACAGACAAUCAUUCCAAUCGCCCACCAGGUCAAGUUUGGCACGCUCAAAUCCAGAGAUAUUAUCUCAUGUCCUGGCUCGAUCUCCGACGCGAAGUCCGCAGCGACAACAGCAGGGCAUAUCGUUUGGGUUACGGGAUCGGAAAGCUCUACGACCGUCUUUGGCUACAAACACAGGUUCUUCUCCGCUGAGAGCGUUGUCGCAGUCACCGAGAAGAGGAGGGGCUAUUGCUGCUACCCAGCAGCAGGUUUUUGCCGCUCCGCCGCGAAGGGUAUCGAGAAGGAUUGAGUCGCCGAGACGGAGUGUUGCUCGAGAUACCGAGGUUAGGGGUGGAGAACAACUGGUCGAGGCAGAAAAAAGAAGGGAAACAACACCUAUACGACAAAAUGAUCCGGAUGAACAACUCGCUUCUGAACUCGAUAGCGCAACUCGAGAAUUGGAACAUUCAGGCUUGAUGGCGCCUUCAUCGUUCAACGAUGAUUUGCCAGAGCCAGAAUUACCUCCUACGCCGACACAAUUGGGCCGUGAAAAACGUCUGAAAGCGUCAUUGGAUUUGCUGAGUAGUCCUAGCGCGGGAAGGAGGUUACGAAGGGAUUUAUUAGGUCCGAGCAAACUCGGUAUUGGGGGCGUAGCGCCAACAGAAGAUAUACGCGACGAUGAAGAUGAAGAGCUCGAUGAUCCGGCUAUGCAGGAACGGAAGAAGCUCAAAAGAGAGCUUCUUGAGCAAUUGGAUCAAUUAAAGGCCGAUGUUGCGCAGCUAGAAAACUGGACAAAUCGAGCCAAACGCGGUUAUGAGAGUCAACGGGCUGAUCAGGAGGAUGUCUCGAAGUUGAUCUCUCUUCUAGCCUCGACAAACAAAACAACAGAUCGACCACCAGACUCUGCAACAGAUCAACCCCCCAUCUCAACUCUGAUAUCCUCUCUACUCCCAUUUUCAGCAAAAGCCGUACCAAUCAACAAACGAUCAGCAUCCCCCGAGCCCAUCAACGCAUUCGCACUCAACAACAUACCUGACCCAAAGCCAUAUAUAACCGCAUUUGCACCUUUGACUCUGGAGCAUUCCACUACCUUGUCCGUAUCUACAUCGCAAGAAAGUGCGAUCAUUGAAACGCAUGAAAUCACACUAUCAGCUCCGCCUCCCUUCCCAUCAAGUCAGUUCAGAAUCCCACUUCAGUUCACGACCGACUUGCAGUCGCAACGAAUUACAUCGAUAUCCCUGUCGAAGCGCGCAACUCAAGAAGCACAAAUCCCUCCUGCCCUAGAAGCAUGGAUUGAAUCACGAAUCUCAAGCCCUAUUGUCGGGCUUGACAUCUCCGGUCUCUGUUUUGGCGUCAGUCGCUUCUGGGAAGCAUCCCUCUGCCGGGCACGGAUCUGGACACGUCUCCGACAGACUCAGGAAGUUCUUUUAUCCAAAAAGAGCGCUAAGAAGAGCAAAAAACUCAGCGAAAUAGACUCGGAGUCUCUAACAGGUCCAUUGCGAAAAUCAGACUCACGAUUCAUCAUCCCUCACUUGCUACGCUCGUCCAUGCAGUUCUCAUCACCACCGAGUCCCCUAGGGUCAAAAAGAGAGUCAAAGCUCAUCCUCAGCUGUCCCCUAAGUCUGGAUCGGUGGACGAGCGAAGCACAACUCAAACCGGAUAUAAGUAUCCACAUCUCUGAUCAGGGCGAGGCACAGCGCACUAAAGCAGAGAUGGAAUUGAAGCGGUUGUUUCACUCUGUUCUUAAAGAGGAGGUAAGCAGGAGGACCAUAGGAAUCCAUGAGGAAAGAGAAGCACAGGCGAUUGUGAAAGCGGUUGAGGGUGUGAUGGGUGUACUUUUUGGAGUGGAUAUUCUAUAG